ACGUCGAGAUACGUUCAGGUUGAGGGCAGAUCCAAGAUGGCGGCAGGAGCGGGGACGCUGGGGUGCUUGGCCCGGUGCAGGCCGGUGGUGGUAGCCGGGCGCUUUCGCGGAUCCCCGCGGCGGGCCCUCCACGCCUCAGUGCCUGCCGCGGCUCAGGUGACUGUCCGCGAUGCUUUAAAUCAGGCCUUGGAUGAGGAACUUGAGAGGGACGAGAAAGUUUUCUUGCUUGGGGAAGAAGUGGCUCAGUAUGAUGGUGCAUACAAGAUUAGCAGAGGGCUCUGGAAAAAAUAUGGUGAUAAGAGGAUUAUCGAUACUCCUAUAUCAGAGAUGGGAUUUACCGGAAUUGCUGUAGGUGCUGCUAUGGCUGGCUUGAGGCCCAUUUGUGAAUUCAUGACCUUCAACUUCUCAAUGCAAGCCAUUGACCAGAUCGUAAACUCAGCUGCCAAAACCCACUACAUGUCCGCAGGGUUGGUGCCUGUGCCCAUUGUCUUCCGGGGUCCCAAUGGAGCCUCUGCAGGAGUAGCGGCCCAGCAUUCGCAGUGUUUUGCAGCCUGGUAUGGGCACUGUCCCGGACUGAAAGUAGUGAGUCCUUGGAGUUCAGAGGAUGCAAAGGGUCUCCUUAAAGCAUCGAUCCGGGAUGAUAAUCCAGUUGUAAUGCUGGAAAAUGAACUGAUGUAUGGCGUUCCCUUUGAAAUGUCUGAGGAAACUCAGUCAAAGGACUUCCUUGUUCCUAUUGGAAAGGCUAAAGUAGAAAAACCAGGAACCCACCUUACCUUAGUGGCUCAUUCUCGAUCUGUUGGCCACUGUAUGGAAGCAGCUGCUGUUCUUGCCAAAGAUGGGGUGGAAUGUGAGGUAAUAAAUCUUCGUACUAUUAGACCAAUGGAUAUUGAUACCAUUGAAGCCAGUGUUGUGAAGACAAAUCAUCUUGUAACGGUGGAAGGGGGCUGGCCGCAGUUUGGAGUCGGAGCUGAGAUAUGUGCCAGGAUUAUGGAAGGUCCUGCUUUCAACCACUUGGAUGCUCCAGUUGUUCGUGUCACUGGUGCAGACGUUCCUAUGCCUUAUGCAAAGACUUUGGAGGAGAACUGUAUACCUCAAGUGAAGGAUAUAAUAUUUGCAGUGAAGAAAACACUAAAUAUCUAGUGUUUUGUGUAUAUAUAUAUAUCUAUAUAAGUGCUUCUUUCGGACUUCAGUCUUUAAAAAUAUUUAUGGAAUGUAUUUGUCAUUAUAUUGUGGGCUGGAGGGGAGCAAAAACAAUAUUAGAUGCCUAAUCUGUUACAGGGACUAUAGUGUCUCCCAUCCUACUUCUAAGAAGAAAAUACAAAGGGAGAAUUGACAGACGUUAACCUUUUGUAAUUUGUAUUUUAUGUAAAGAACUCUCAUUGUAAGAUGAUGAUCUUGUUUAUCAUUGCACAACUGAAUCUGACAUCCCUAAAUAUAUCAUCAAGACUCUUUAUGCUCAUCUUGUAAUCUAUAAAGCAUGAAAUAAAGGACAUGAACAGAAAUAGUUGUC